GGACUUGUACCAGUACAUGUAACUGGCUUCAGAAGGCCUACGUGGUGCACUUGGUUUGUGUGUAAAGUGAAAGUGUACGUACACCGAAGUCUGAUGUGUACAUGUAGCUCCUUCAGGUAGUACCUGUGCAUGUGUAGGUGCACUGUGAAGUAAAAAGAAAAUCAAAACAAGCAUGUGAAUGCCUUGACCAGAAAUGAAGAAUAUGGGCAAGAGAAAUACCACUACAAUCACCCAUAAAACUUCUAAUGGUAAAACUUCUGAUGAAAUUUUAUCUUUAACAAAAUAUGCCAAUAUGAACAGUUAUCUACAUUAUUCCAGACCUAGUAGAACAAUGCUGAUAUGAAAAUUUGUAUUCUAAAAGAUGAUAUUUAUUUCUGCUUUUGAAGGCUGCAAUCUCUUUGUACAUGUAAUAUUUUGGCCAGCAGUUGAAAAAAAAAAAAAAGAAAAAACAAACUAAAGAAGCUUUUCUGGUGUUUUUCAUUUGAAAAGAUGGCAAAAUUGUCUGCUGAAAAUCUCACUUGUACAAAUGAAAUUCAACUGUGUCUUAAUGAUAAGGGAUGUGAUGGUGCUAGUAUGGAUGACAUUUUAAAAGAUGAUGAUGAUGACUGUGAAGACAACUUGAGAUCAACUCCGAGGCAAGUAGAAGUUUCUCUACUUACUGGCACCGGUGUUCAGCAUUUACAACAAAUGGAUGGCAAUACUAUGGAAAGUGAACCAUCUUCCGGUGUGAUUAUAUUACUUGGUGCUAACAGCAAGCCAGACUUGCUGACAGAAAAUGUAACGCAUUUACCAAUGGUUCAAAUUGUGGAUGAAAAUAGCAAAGAAGUUGGCGAGGGCCCUUCAGAUCCCCUGAUCACAUCAGACGUGGAAGGUGAAGAAGCUGUCGUCGAAGAAGACGCAAAAGCCGUCCCUCCGUUUCCUGGCUUUGGCCUUCUGUUGGGGGUCAUAUCGAGUGUGUUUUUUUCUCUAAGUUCAGCUUUUGUUAAAUGGGUCAAGGAUGUCAAUGUCUUUGAGAUAAUAGUGUUUCGACAACUUGAAAUCACUCUCUUUAUCACACCAUUGGUGAUAUACAACAAACAGCCUUUCUUUGGUGUAAAAGGGCAAAAGUUUGGUUUAUGGCUAAGAGGACUUUUUGGAACAACCGCAAUAUGUCUGUGCUACCUUGCCUACAAAAAUAUGCCAGUAGGGGAUGCCACUGUAAUCGUUAAGAGUACACCAGUCUUUGUAGGGAUUAUCAGCUGCGUGUUUCUCAAAGAACGCUUCCGUGUAUUUGAAGUGAUAGUAACGAUCACUGUAAUUGGUGGCUGCAUUCUUGUCGUACAGCCUCCGUUUAUAUUUGGACAGUUGAUUGAAAAAAGUUCUGAAGUAUCUCAGCAGCAUUUUUUUGGUGCUCUACUAGCUCUUGGAGGCACGUUAAGUGCUUCCAUAACCUUUGUUAUUGUCCGUAAGAUUUCUCAUGUUCAUUAUACCACCAUUAUAUUUUGCUUUGGUGUGUGGGGAAUGAUCCAGACAUUUGUUUCACUUUUAGCUGUUCAGGGCUUAAAAGACCCACCAACAGGGUUGCCCAGAAUUUUGAUCAUGUUAAUCGGUGUCUUUUCAUUCUUGGGUCAAAUUUUUUUCACCAUUGCCAUGAAGUAUGAAAAUGCUGGCCCCAUUAGCGUGACAAGGGCCUCGGAGGUGCCACUGGCAUAUUUAUGGCAGUAUGUGUUCUUCAGUGAAAUCCCCACGUUGUAUUGUAUCGCUGGAGCCACCCUGGUGACAGUUAGUGUGGCGCUCAUUGGUAUCAAGAAAUGGGUGCAUGCUAUUAAGGAAAAACCAAAUCCUCCAAAACAUAUAGCCAUGAAGUGCCUUAGCAAGUUUGUAGAUUUAUGAGAGGCAUCCAUGUCAGUAAGAAAUUAUAUGUAAGAGAGAAAUAAUCAGACAUGGGGAAAACUAUGGAGGUACUGAAGGUCCAGAAGACCUGCACUACAAGAAAUCUGCAGGUCCCCUCAAUUCUGUGUUGGUCUAAACUAAAUAUUUUAUUUCCUUUGGUCUAUGUUAACAUGUGAUUUAUUAUUAUGUUAUUGUAUUUUCACAUAUACCUAGCAGGUCCUGUAGCAUUUCAAGAGGUCAUGAAUUAAUGGACAAGCAGUUUUCCCAUGUCUGAAGUAUUCUCUGGAUAUUUUCCCUUAUCCUGAUAUUUGCUCAGUGAAAAAUUUUUCUUAAAACUACUAUGUAGUUCUAAGAGGACAAGGUACAUGACGAGUCUAGAGCUAGUUAAUGAAGCAUUUUCAAUUGCUGAUUAGAAAUGAUCAACACAAUUUGUUUUUGUUUUUUAUUUGUUUUUUACACCAGUAUAUUGUUAAUACUUUUCAUUAUGUCCUAAAAUUCACCCAUGUUAUGUUUUGUUUUUACAUAUAGCCACAGUACAUUUUCACAGUAGCUUUGAAAUAUAAGGCAUUUAUACAGCCUUACUAAGGCAGGAG